AUGUUCCACUAUAAACUGUCUGUUUGGAGCAAAAUGACCUUUAAGACGUUCAAACGUUCAACAGUUUACAAGACAGCAACAACAUUGGUUGAUACAUUUAAAUCAAUCCGUCAAACAACUUAUAUCAAUUUAACAUCAUCUUCUUCUUCUUCCUCUUCUUCGCCCUCACCAUCAACUGUAUCUUCUUCAUCAUCACCUUAUUUACCUUUAAAUACAAUUUUCUCUGUUGGAACAAGUAAAACACCUUCUUCAACUCCUACACCCAAUAAAAGUUCAAUCAUCUCGAUACCAGGUUUUCUUGGUAAUUCAUUGAUUGAAUUACCUCGUCUUCAAGCUUAUUCACGUUUAUCAAUUGAAAUGGAGUUCAUCUCUUACACCGAAUCAGCAAUAUUACUUUACAAUGGGCAAACUGUUUCAGGUGAAGGAGAUUUUGUUUCACUUUCUAUUCGCAAAGGUCAUAUUGAAUUUCGUUAUGAUCUUGGAUCUGGUAUGGUCAUUUUACGUUCCAAAGAGCCGAUUGUUAUUGGUUCGACUGUUCGGUUUGUAGCUAAACGUUACCAUAAAGAUGGUAUUCUCAGUGUUGAAGGGCAACCCGAUGUUACCGGUUCCUCGCCUGGUUCACUGAAAAGCCUUGAUUUGGCUGAAAACUUGUACCUCGGUUGGAUCCCAACUAAUCGAUCCAAUGUCUACAACAAUAUUGGCCUUAGAUCAGCAUUCAUUGGUUGCCUUUAUCGCUUCAAUGUGGAUAAAAAUUUACGUCUAAAAGACAUUCUUGAUCCUUCGACUUCUACCAUUUUACGAAGUGUCAAUGUAAUUGAUUGCCUUGAUAUGCCUUGCUCUGGUUCAUCCGUCCAAAGAUUAUCUGCAUCAGUUAAUUACUGUCACAAUGGUGGAACUUGCUUACCUUUAAUUUCCUCAACUGAUGGUUCCAUUUCAAGUUCAUGUAAAUGUAAACCUGGUUAUACCGGUGAAACCUGUAAACUCACAAUUGGUGAUAACAUUUGCUCAAUGGAUAACAAUCCUUGUAUCAAAGAUACUGUUUGUGCCUCAUUACCUUUCAAUCAAGGUUUCUCUUGUUUCUGCCCACAAGACGAUAAUAGCCUCGAACUAUGUUUAAAUGCUCAAAGAAAAACUGAAAACGCUUUCAUUCCUGAUUUUGUUGAAACUUCUUACCUAACCUUACCAACUCUUCAAAACAUUGCUCAAACAUUUAUCAUUGAAAUAUGGUUUCUAUCUCGAGAUAUAAAUGGCUUGUUAUUUUAUAAUGGACAACAUUCAUCUCAUGCAAAAGGAGAUUUUAUAUCGUUAAACAUUGUUGAUAGUUUUAUUCAAUUUUCAUUCAACUUAGGAUCCAUUAAUCCUAGCGAAAGUGGCCUUGUUACCUUAAGAAGUGAAUCCAAGAUAUCAAUUGGUGAAUGGCAUUCAGUGAGAAUCACAAGGAAUCGUAAGCAAGGAGGUCUUCAGUUGGAUCAACACUCAAUGGUUUAUGGUGAAGCAAAGACCAAUUUAAGUGAGCUUAACUUGGACCAACCAUUUUAUAUUGGAUCAAUUCCUGGUUCACACUCAACUCACCGAGAGUUUAACAUUAGCAAAGGAUUUAACGGAGCUAUUCAAAGGAUUGUGGUUAAUGGACAUGUUUGGGAUGAUUUACUUGACCGUGCCAUUGAGAUUUAUAAUGUUGCCAAAUAUGUUGGGCCUCCUUGUGAAUCACCUAAUCCUUGUUCAUCAUCAAAUGCAGUUUGUGUCCCACAAUUCAAUCAUUAUACCUGUAAAUGCAAUUCCCCAGAUUAUUCAAUCGAUUGUACUUCUGAUAUUCCUCAAGAACAAUAAAUGACAAUAAAAUAUCAAAUUAGAUUUCA